AUGCCAACUCUCAAGCAGCUCACUUGCCAUGUUGAAUGGGCGCCAACAAAUAUUCCCUUCAAAGAAUAUGGCGUGUCCUACGGCGAUGGUGUGGUGGAGACUUAUAUCGCUGUUCCUUCUGUUUCAACCCCGUUUUCCAUCAAUCUGAAAUCCAGCGGAUACAUUGCUCCAGGUCUCGCGAUGUUUGUCUUCAUUGAUGGCGUUUAUCAGUGUAAUAGAAAUAGGGACAACAUUGUUGUGGACGAAGCCUCUAGUACAGCAAAGGAAAAGUCAACAAGAAAGGGGGUAGAAUUUCGUGUGAGACAGAAAGAAGAACUACGUGCCGAUGGAAGAUGCGCUGGCCGACCAUGGAGAUUUGAGCCGUUGCAAAUAAUUCCGACAGUACCUGGCAUGCCAGAAAUUGGGCCUAAAAGCCACUUCGACCAUCUUGGAGAUAUUACAGUCGUUGUCCUUCGCUGUAAGCCACGUAAUGGACAACCAGCUAAUGUAUCGGAUGGUUCUCGCACACCAGACUCAGCCAUGGCUCCAAGUCUUGACUUCAAGGAUAUCGCCGCCGCGCUGAGUGACGAGGAAUUUGAAAUUGCAAAAGCAAAAUAUAACAAAAUGGAGCCUUCUCUCCGGCCAGAAACAAAACCAGAGCCAGUUAAUUUGUUGGGGGAUUUUGGCAUGCUUUUUGAUGGUGCAAAUGAUAGAUAUUAUGUUCCGACUAGGUCUCGACAUGGCGGGCACCAUGGUCAUCAGGGGUCAACUGGCAUACGUCGCAGGCAUCGACAUGAAGAGGAUAGUGAAUACGGCACGGACUAUGACUGUUCACAUCAUGGAAGGCGAAAUAUAGAACAUCCUGCUGGUCAUCGCACAAGCUCUAGGGCUCGUACAAACCGUCAACACCACGAGAUGGGAUUCAACACAGAUCAAUCGGAAAUUAACAUGGGCUGUUCUGCCUGUGCUGGGCAAGAAGCUGCCACGGCACGACAGGGAUCACAAGAAUGGUACCAUGGCAAUCAAUAUAAACGGCACCAUCAAGAGCACAGAGGGAGAUCUAACAGUCACUCUUCCGAACGUCACCAUUACCAACACGAGAAUAAACCAACGACGGAAAGGCAAAGAUAUCGUUAUUACUACCGGGUCAAGCCGCAAAGCUGUGAUGCGAUAAGCGACUUUGACAAAGAAGAACACGAAUGCAGUUGUCCAGAAUGUAGUCCUCAAAAUAUAGAUCGACCGGCAGCCCACGGUGCAAGCAUUGGCACAAACUGUGGCCAAGGAUACUGUCAAAAUCAUGAUGUCUCUGGAGUGCAAACGCAAUACCAAAGUUGCCAGCAUACCCAUACACCCAGGCCAUCUAUUUCCUUCUCAAACCAUUCAGGUAAACCAUCGGCUGAUCCUCACCACUUAUCUGAUGGUAGAAUUUCCGCAAAACGAAAUGCUGUCCAUGCCGUUGGUCAUGGCAACCUGUCUAAUGAUGCUCAGAAAGAGCAAACAUUAGACGUGUGGGGUAGAAAAAGCUCGGGCGAAAAGAUUAUAUACGGUACAACACAAACAUCACACCAGGGAGUUCCGUCGAUUGUAUUGAACGUUAAUACGCCGCAGUGUGGUGGGGGUGAGCAUUCGUCUUGCAAGGUUUGCAGCACGGGCUCUAAUGACUCAGACACUGCGGAUAAUGGGUGUUACCUGAUAUCCAACGGUAAAAAGGUACCACAUCACUGCAGAGGGCCGAGGACUCGAGCGCCCUAUUGCCAGUCCCAGACAGGAGACCAAAAUCACCAUUCAAAGAGGGAGGCAUCAAAGAACGGAGAGCAUAACAAUUGCUGCGGCAACUCAAACAACCAUUCAACUAACAGUAUCCGGCAUAGGUCCGGCUCUGGAGGCACAAAAUAUGGGCAUACUGAACCGAGGUGGGAUGGGCUGAAUCGAUCUCGUGGCGGGUCAGCGAGUGGUAUAAACCCUGACGGAGACUGGAAUCAAGAUGACCCAGACAAUUCAAAUUGGGAAAACAAUGAUAACAGUCAGUCAACAAGCAGAUCUCAAGAUAAUUGGACCGAGACUCGCAACAAUGGUGAAACUGGGGUCACAAAUGAACCGAACUGGAAUAGCAACGAGGCCGAAAAUGUCAAUAGUAACAACAAUGAUUGGCAGCAGGAGGAUUGGGGCAAUGAAAAUGACACUAAUACCCAUCGAUGGGACUCUAUCAAUGUUAAGGACACAAACAACGAAACGAACCAAAAUGAUUCAAUGCAAAACAAUAACAAUAACACCGGGAGUAGUUGGGAAACUGACAACGAAAACAGCAAGUCAGAAACCCAGCAACAUGACUGGGGAAAUGUUAACAGUAACGAUAAUUGUGGCACUGGUGAUCAAAACAAUCAAGAUAAUCAAUGGCGAUCGGGCAAUUCGAUAGAUGAAAGCAAAAGUAUUGAAAAUGCUAAUGGUGACACCAAUGCACAGCCAGAAUCCCAAGCAGUACCAAUAUCAGCAUUCCAGCAGCCGUAUUGGGUACCUCUCCAGCAUUUUCAAGUUGUUACACCAGCCCAACAACCCACUUUUGUAUCUCAGGCGUAUCUUGACCCACAAAAUGCCGAGCCCGCAUUAUACACCGUGCCGGAAUCUGUUGUCAAAGAAAAAUCGCUGUCUCACCAAGUCCAAGUGGGACGAGCAGAAGGAUAUUUGCAUAAAAUGCGGGCCCCUUGGUACUUAGAUACCAUGGAGGAGCCGUACGCCAAGUUUGUGUUUAAGUAUAGAAUGGAAGAAACCAUUGAACAAAAGUUCAAUGUAAAGAUAGAACAGGAUCUGGAUGUUAUACGAAAGAAGCUAGAAAUGCUUCCCAAGUCGGAAAUCGUAGAUCAGCUUCUCCACGUGCAGACGGGACAAACCCGGGUAAGUCCAGCUGUGACUACUCUCCCCGAACCAGCGGGUUCGGGAACAACACACUAUGGCAGCGUAUUAGGAAAUUCGGGGAACCUUCAUACAUACCCUCCAAUGACUCAUCUCGCAUCCCCUCCGCCAUCUCAAGUGUCGACUACCGCGGGGGUUAGCAUGCCAACCGAAUCACCUAAUAUCGAUGGAGCCAAUGGAAAUACCAGUACGACCCAACUUCCGUUACAUGGAGUUUUAAUAUAUGGCCGUGCACCCCCUAGUAGUAACGUAGUACAGGUGGUUCCGGUGAAAACCAAGACAACCAAUGGCGGUAACGGGCAGUCCAAACAGACAAAAAACGCAAAAAGUGAGACUAGCAACGGGGGAAAUGGCAGUUCUCAACACAAUACAGGAGCUUCAGGAGAUCCCUUUCGAAGGAAGCAUUCGCAAGAAAACAGUCGGAGUGUCGAAGAUCCACCAAGAGGCGCUGGAGAUCCAUUUCGCAGCCGCAACUCCGGAAAUUCUCAAAAUAACAAUAGUGCUCGCAAUGACGAAAACCGCAUUGAACGUCAAAAUUCCGGGAGCCGUCCUGGAGGAGGAGACCCAUUCAGAAGCCAGCAUUCUGGCAACGGGGGUAGUGGUGAUCAGUCUAGCAGCAGGUCGCAUUGGAAUGCAGCUCAAAGUACUAAUGUCUCUGCUAGAAAACAAAGCACACCAAACUGGAAGGAUAGAGAAACAGCUGGUGUCGAUUGCAUACCUACCCCAGGCCACCAGUCUCUCCGCGACAAUGCUUCCACUUCAGCAGCAGAGAAACGCUGCAAGCUGGUUCUUGGGACGUCAUUUAUUAGCACUUCUAUAUAUACUACACUACACCUUAAUAUUCCUGCCCCCUAUGCAUUCCUCAUAUCAUCCGGCUUGACCCAUGCUGAAAGCAUCCAGUUGCCCCAACUAAUUAUCUCUAUGGAUUCUAGCAACGCACCCCCUACCCAGAAAUCUACCCUAGAGCCUGGUGCUUUAUAUGUCCAAAAGCUGCCGUCUGGCCGACCUGCAUUUGUCCGCAAGCCCGUUAAAAUUGCCUCUGCAAAGGAUUUGAUUGCCAAAGCCUUGCUACAUUCAGGCACCAUGUCUCACCUUUUGUCUCGCCCAGGAAAAUACUACCCAUUUCCAGUGCCAGAAGCAGAUCGAUUUAAUGUCGUUUCUCCGUCAACCAUACCCAGUACAUCAUUCCAUGAAAGGGGGUUCCCAAAUCAUGCACUAUCAACAGAAUCAAGACAUAGAUGUGGUGAGCAACACAUAAAUCGUAUGGUGUAUAUGCCACCACAGCCUGCAAACUUUAUUGGAAGCCAUACUCAUCUCCCAAGUCAGUUUGAUAGGGAUACGGGAAACUUCCGCCCAUCGGGAUCAGGAGAACGACGAAAUGACGAGGAAUAUAGGAGUCGAGAUCGACAGAGGCGACCCUACGAUGAUAAUAGUCCUUGCUGUCAUGAGCGGCAUCUACGUCAUAGCCAUAGUCGAAAUCCUCGAGUUCAUUUUACCGAUGAUGACGAAUCUGACCCUAGGUACGAGACCCAUUCUUCACAAUUGUAG